AUGGCCGACCCUACCGCCCCCGCGGGCACCUUUGCGCCGGGCACGAAGAUACAGGUGGGCCAGCAGAAGGUUGUCAUACAGAAGUACUUUUCCGAAGGAGGCUUCGCCCAUGUCUACCUGGUCAAGAUGCCCAAGCCCAUUGAUGGGACUGAUAUCGCCGUGCUGAAACGAGUUGCGGUGCCAGACAAGGAACAUCUGGCGAACAUGAAGACGGAGGUCGAGACGAUGAAGAAGCUGAAGGGGCACCGACCGAUCGUCACAUACUACGACUCGCACGCCUCACAAUUAAAGGGCGGGGGAUACGAGGUCUUCCUCCUCAUGGAAUUCUGUAACGGUGGCGGGCUGAUAGAUUUUAUGAAUACGCGGCUGCAGAACCGCUUGACGGAGCCCGAGAUCCUCAAGAUAUUCUCAGAUGUGACCGAGGGGGUGGCCUGUAUGCACUACCUGAAGCCCCCUCUACUCCACCGAGAUUUGAAAGUCGAAAAUGUUCUGAUAACGUCGACGGGAGGCUCCAAGAGAUUCAAACUUUGCGAUUUUGGAUCGACCGCUCCACCCCGACCUGCGGCAACUACGGCUGCAGAGUGCAGACUGAUUGAGGAAGAUAUCCAGAAACAUACCACGUUACAAUACAGGAGUCCGGAGAUGAUAGACGUGUACAGGAAACAGGCGAUUGACGAAAAGUCGGAUAUAUGGGCUCUGGGUGUACUCCUGUACAAGCUGUGCUACUACACUACACCCUUCGAAGCGCAGGGGCAACUGGCAAUUUUAAACGCGAGCUUCAAGUUCCCAAGUUAUCCGCCAUUUUCGGAUAACCUGAAGAAGCUCAUAGCUUCAAUGUUGAAAGAGAAGCCUCAAUCACGCCCGAGUGUCUAUCAAGUGCUUCGGGAAGCAUGUUUGAUGCAAGGGAUUGAAGUUCCUAUCAAAGAUAUUUAUACUGGCCGGACCCAAUCCGAAUCAAGAAGAAAGCAAGAGUUACCAUCGACAGAGGCUGUGAAAUCAUCUCCUGCCGUUGGUGCAGUUUAUUCCCCGCCCCCACCGGUCCAGCAGGUCAUUCCUGAUGUUGUACCUAUGAGGAGAGGAAGGCCCGUAGUAAGCUCACAAGCAAACUCGGCGCCAAAACCCAGCCCAUCGCCUAUGCGAGCUGCUGUCAAUGAUCCAUGGGCAGCAUUGGACCCGGCAUCGUCUACCCCAGCAAUAGACGAAGUUGCCGCCCGAUUUCCGAGCUUGGAUCAAUUUUCCCUUCUUCACGAUGGAGGGAAAUUUGACUUUGACACAAGCUCUCCAAUAAAACCAGCACAAUCUCGUGACCUUGGACAAAGAGUAACUGAAAAGCUGGCUGAUGAUGCAUUUGCCACGCCUUUGCAACACCAAGUAGCCACAGCGACUACAAAACCGUCAAAUAAUGCGGUCUCACGAGCUCAAGCAAUCAUUGCUAGUAAUCCGGAAUUGCAAGCAGUUGCUUCUUCUCCCACUAAUGUCUACCAGCCGACACCUACCCCGCCGCCGACGAGUUCAUACGUAUCUCAGGGAACGAUGACUACCCCGCCUCCUCCGCCUGUUAGCCAAUUUCCUCCAAGGUAUGCGCCGCCACCCUCACAACGAUUUCCCCAUACUUCUGACCACCACCGGUCAUCGAGUCUACCCAGAAAUCAAGAGGCAACAACCCAAAGGGCCCAAUUGCCAAGACAAGAGGAGGGUCAAGUUCUACGUCCCUCCUCGAUCCCCCGAAAUCCUUCAUUUACAAGACCUGUUAAUGUUCAACAUCCAUCUUCAUCUCGUCCGUCACUGGAGGCUGGCCGGCCCAGCAUUGAUGUGCUGGACCCGGUGCCAAGAACGAAGUCCAGCAAUUCGAGAGCUCGUCCCUCAAGUACGUACUUGGAGUCAAACAUGGACUUCCUGCGAGAAAAAGAGAAAGAGUCUAGCGGGAGGCAAUCUCUGUCUGACAGGAGGCCAUCACACAGGGCUCUUGAGUCCGCUAUAAUGGAUACCGAUGAAGAAACAAAUAUCGAAUCGAACGUAGAGUUCCUUCGCACUAUGGAAGAUCAAGAGGCAUCGAAGAGUUCGAAGAAGGACCGGAGACGGAGUAGCGGAGGUAAAGACAGGUCCAAGCGCUCGAGCCUUUCGUCCAUGUCUCUAUCCGGCACUAAGAAUCUGCUGGCUGGCAAAUUCGGCGAUGCUUUCAAGCGAUUCGAGCACAACACGAACCCCCCCGGCCCGCGCACCCCAAGCCCUCUCCAUGAUAUGGAACGUCGAGAACUCACCCCCAUCGCCGGCUCCGAAGCCACCGAUGGCCGCAGCGACGACGGCAACAUCCUCGAGGAUAUGGACAACAUGGCGCCCGAGCAACGGCGCGAGAUUGAGCGCCGUCGGCUCUCCAUGGAAGAAAGACGUGUUACCGACGCCGCCGCCGAAUACCGCAAGCGACUCGCGGAACGUGGUCCUACGGCACCGAAGAGCAUCGGUGGCAUCUCCCGCGCGGCCAGUAUACAGCACAAAGUACAGAGCCUCCUUGACGAGAACCAAGCCCCUACAUCUCUCAUCAAGAAGACUGCUGAAGGCUAUGGACGCUUCACUGACAGCGGGUCUGCUUCGCAGGCAAGCCACUUCGAACAACCAUCCAACCCCUACAGCAAAGCUCUUUCUUCGGGCUCUAGGAAGCCAUUAGCACCUAGUGCUAUCCAUCCUCGUACAGUCCCUAUUACACAACAAGACUCAGGUCUUAACUACGCGAAGACACGCUCCGGAGUCCCUUCUCACACUCAGUCACAACCUCAACCUAUCAGCUCGCCCGCCACGAUCUCCAGAACCGUUCCACGCCCAAACGCUCCUCCUAAGCCGAUGCAUCUGAACAACGUCUCCACCGGGAACAGCAUGUCCAACUCACCGCCGAAGAUGCCGCCGAGGCCCGUGCAAGCUCGGCCGGAUCUAGGUCUCUCGGAGAAGGAUGACGUCGUGGGUGAUUUCAGCAAGAGGUUUCCGAGCCUGGCCGGUAUCGAGAUGGUGGAGCGGGCUAUUGAUGUUGAGAGGCCGGUGAGGGAUAGCGCCGGUUUGAGAACCCGGGAGGUGUAG